AAAGAGUAGUGGCCCCAGUUCUCUCUCACUUGCUUCGUAAUAAUGAGACUGGAAGUUAGAUCAUUUUGUUCAUCAUGGCGGCUGUCGCGAUACGCACUUGCGAAAGUCCUGGCUGUCAACAACCAGCUAAAUUACAGUGUCCUACAUGUAUUAAGCUUGGAAUUCAAGGCAGUUUCUUCUGUGCUCAGGAUUGCUUCAAGCAGAACUGGAGUGAACACAGAAAAGUACACAAGUCAGCUAAAGCUGCAGAUGACAAUAAUAAACCAGUGACCUAUAAUCCAUGGCCUGGAUAUAGAUUCACAGGAAAACUGAAGCCCUGGCCUCAGUCUCCAAGGCGAGAGGUCCCUGAUCACAUCCAGAAACCUGACUAUGCAGAGAAUGGUUUUUCAAAUCCCCAGCUUUCAAUUGAGUACUCUUCUUGGAACAGGUCUGUAAAUGAAGUGAUCUGUCAUGGUAUUCCUGACACGCGCCCAUUGGAGGAUGGGGAUCUCUUAAACAUCGACAUCACCAUUUAUUACAACGGUUUCCAUGGAGAUCUGAAUGAGACAUUCUCUUUGGUGAAGACAGAGGACAGCAAACAGUUAGUGAAGGUUACACAUGAGUGUUUAAGUCAGGCUAUAGCAUCAGAAAUGAAGACAAAUGGAAGCACUUUAGUGUCAACAAUGAAACAGAUGGCAACAGUCAUGUUAGCAAUUACAGUGUUGAUUAUAAUCCUGUUCUGUAUCUUGGUGAAGCCUGGUGUGAAAUACAGAGAGAUUGGUAACAUCAUUCAGAAGUAUGCCCAAGCUCAUGGCUAUGCUGUUGUGAAGAGUUUUUGUGGCCAUGGGAUUCAUUCUGACAAAAUUCCAGGAACUUGGCAAGAUGAGAUCUGGCCUGACAAAUGGACUGCCGUGACACAGGAUGGCAAGAGGUCAGCUCAGUUUGAGCAGACCCUACUAGUGACUGAAACUGGAUGUGACAUUCUGACAAUCAGACCUGAUGACAACGGAAGACCUCACUUCCUGUCUCAGAUGUAAAUCCCCAAAUAAAACAUACUGAACAAGCAGCAAAAGUACAGCAAGAGUGAAUAAACAUACUGGAAAAUACUCUA